ACAUGUGACCGAGAUUUUGAAUUGAUUUUGUUUCCUUAAAGGAUCAUUAAUCAGACUCAGUUUACGUUCAGUUCUCUGCAGACAGACAUGUUUAUUAAACUAGCACUAGUUGCUUCUUUUGUUCUGUUAACUGAAGGUUUGCCUAAAAAGCUCCCUGUGAUAAAUAUCCAUCUAUACCUGGGAAAAGAUGGAGAUGUGAAAACUGCCACCUCAACAGACCAAUCAUUGGAUAAAAUACCUUCAGGUGAAAAUAGAGCUUCAUGUCUUGGUAUAGAAUGUAGUUCUUCUCCAAACAGAGCAGCUAGCACCAUGGAAUUAGUCUGCUGCGGAUAUAUUGAUAAUCAAUCAACACCAGAACCGGAACGAGAGUUCGGAGGAGACUAUUCAGAUGAUUCAGGUAGUUCUGAAAACAAUGGUGAUGCUAAGAAGAAUAUGAACAACAGAAGUUCUGCCAAUGAUGAACCAGGUAUGAAUGAAGAAGCAAUGGAUAAAACUUCUGCCAAUGAUUCACCAGCAAUGAAUGAAGAAGCAACGGAUAAAACUUCUGCCAAUGAUGCACCAGCAAUGAAUGAAGAAGAUAUGGAUGCACAAGGAACGCAUGAAGAAGCAAUGGAUAAAACAUCUGCCAAUGAUGCACCAGCAAUGAAUGAAGAAGUAAUGGAUAAAACUUCUGCCAAUGAUGCACCACCAAUGAAUAAAGAAGUAAUGGAUAAAACUUCUGCCAAUGAUGCACCAGCAAUGAAUGAAGAAGAUAUGGAUAAAACGUCUGCCAAUGAUUCAACAGCAAUGAAUGAAGAAAGUAACAACGGAGGAUAUCAUUCAGACAUGAAAGAUGAAAGUGUAAUGGAAAAUGAGAAAGACGAAAACAUCUCGGAAAGGACUGGGUCUGAUGUGAAAGGUGAUGGUAUGACUCAUAUGAGCGAGGAUGCCAGUUCUGCUGAGAAGCCUAGAGGUUCUGUUGAGAAAAAUAGAGGCGUUGAUACAGAGAUGGUUCACGAUGAGAAAGUGGCGGCCCGUCUGGAAAUGUCUAAGGGUGAGAAAGCGGCAUUGUGUGAAGGAAUCGUGUGUACUGGCGAAAACAGACCAAAUAAAUACAUCUCUAGUAUCUGCUGUUUAAAUAAAUAAAUACAUCUAUAGUAUCUGCUGUUUAAAUAAAUAAAUACAUCUCUAGUA